CGCACGCUAUGCGGACUUCGACGUGAUCUACGAAUUUCGGAACGGUAUAUCGUUUCUUUAUCUUUCUCACCCUUUUUCUCUUUCAUCCCUUACGUCCUUCUUCUCUUUAUUCGCGCCCCCGAUUUAAUCAUCCCUUCGGCCAGGGCGUCGUGACGAAAGCUGUGAUUCGCGUAUCGCGGGGACAAAUGUGCACGGUGGACAGCAGUGUGACAUAGUGCGCGGAAGGUAGGAGACGAAGAGAUCGGCAGGUGGGCAGAGGAGCGAGGAACGCGGAAAGAGGAGGAGCAGAAGGUGGAUGACGAUGAUGAGGGGGCACAGGAAGAGGGCGCCGAGCCCUGAUGCAUUCGCAUCUUCUACAUAGGGGGUACCAUCGUUCCGUCUCUUCGACGUCCGACGUCUGACGACGAGCAGCAAGCACGCCGAGGACGACGACGACGACGACGACGACGACGACGACGACGACGACGACGACGACGACAACAACGACGGCGACGACGGCGACGACGUCGCUUAGGAGUAUCCAGCACGAAACCAGCACUGCCGUUUGUUCUCCGAGAUGGCGGACGAAAAGGAGAAGCAGACGUUUUUGCAGAAGCUGCUGUUUUACACGACCGCGUUCUUCAUCCUCCUCAGCACCUUCAGCCUCUUCGCCUUCCUCUUCUUGGUCCCCUUCGUUAUUGACCCCGCCUUCACCACCAUCUUCAUGCAGUUCGAAACUCGACCCGCCGAGUGUGUCACCAUUGAUGUUGAAUCCAGAAGAGGUACGAGCAAUUGCUCAUGGACAUCCUGUAGAGAGGGUUGUACUAAGGAACUGUACGAUUGCACGCAAAUACGCGUCAAUUAUAAACUACCGGAUAACACGUCCGAUGGGGCGGACGGGGAAGGCAGAGCGGUAGGAGGUGUCGAGGAUGACGAAGAGAACAAACAGAUGCCUCGUUAUGAGCGUUCCUUAAACGAGUACAUCGAGGACCUCGACGAGAAUUUUGCUAUGGAUGAUGAGAACGGACUGCCGAAAUCUUUCCCUACAGGUCUCAUGGGCAACGACUCCGUGUGGUACUUCACCGGGGCCAAGCUGUUCCCCAACGUAAAAGGCUGUGGAUACCCUCCAAUGCUGAAUUGCAGUAUUUUCUACCGGCAGUACGCCAACAUAGGGCAGAACUUUAGCUGUUACUACUCGAAAGUGGAUCCCGGGAUAGUCAUCAGCGACCUCGACAUGUGGCAGGUGUAUAUGAAUCUUGUGUACGCGAUGGCGAUUCCGAUACCGUCUUUCAUAAUCUCGGUGAUAUACCUCACCAUCGCCUACUUCAAGAUCUACAACGAAGACGAGGUAGUCCUCGUAGGUGGUGAAGAGGGUGAGGAAGGGGAAGAAGGGGAAGGCGCCGAUACACCCUUGCCACCUACUAGUGGUGCAUUGACGCCCGGAAGUGAAGCCUUCAGGGAAGAUUUGGCGAGCUUCGGGCACCAACUCAAGGUCGCAAUGGCCGACGACAUCAGCAGGGAAAGUCUUGACGGAAUUCCUAACUCGCUCUCCGUUCAGGGAAACUUGAACAAAACGAUGACGACGAGUAUCUCAACUCCCCCUGGGCCGACGGCAGCAGUUUGAAGCGACAUUUUCAAGGUUUGAAUAAUAUCUCGUGGAGACCACAUUAGGCGAUAAUUCAUCGCCGUCCGUAAAGAAGCAAAGGCGUUGGCCGAAGAAGCUUCCUUGAUCAAGGAAGAACGAAGAAGAGGAGCCAAGUUAUCUUUCUGUCUCAGGAUCGACUAAAAUCCACCCUCGCGAUUCACGGAGUGAACCAGAGGCAAACUCGGUACUUUCUCGAGACACACGAAUCGUACGCGAUUACACGGCGAUUCAAGGAAACUUUUGACGAAUCUGCCAUUUCUCUAUUGUAAAAAUCUGUCCCCAUUACAAGCGCCGACUAUACUUGCAGUCACGAUAUUUCGCGACGUACUUUUUCCUACUCGAUAAUAGCUCAAUAACGCGAAGUCGUGCGUAUAACUCUGUCGCAACUCAUGCCAGAGAGGCAGCAGUCCCUCUCAAACGCGGUAUCUUCAGUGCGAUGCUCGUAUGCGCCAGAAAAGUUCUUCAUUUCUUGCAAAUGUUUAAACGUUGGCGGCGCAGUCGUUAUACCGCCCGCCAAAAUUGAUUUACCUCGCACGAUGCCUUCUUCGUAGCUUGUCUAAGUACGAUUCGCGAUCCGAAAUCAAUUCGCGAAUCCCGUGCCUGUAUAUCGCAUCCUUGUAAACACGAAGAAUCUGUCCUUACUGUCGUAUACGUAGCGUUCGGGAUACACCGUAUAUUUUUAAACGAUUUUCCACGAUGUAUCCGCUAUGGUAGAUAAUCGUUUUGCGUAAAGAGAAAAUUAAUCGGUCGCUUUGAAAAUGGCGGAAGUCUAAAAAAAAAAAAAGAAUUAAAGUCUGCACUAUUCUCGAAUUAUAGAAAAAUGUGUAAUGAUUAAGUUACAAAUUUAUAUGUAAAUUUUCAACGGCGGAUUAUAAAUCUGCCUGUGCCAGCCGUAAAUUUUUGGAAUGUACGUCUCCAUCCAUGCGGCACCAAGUUGCGGACUUUAAAGAAGCUUAUUUUUACGUAAGCGAUAAAUGUUUUCUGUCUCUAUCGCAUCUCUCUUUCUCUCUCUAUGCCCAUUAACUGAUCGAAUCUCAAAGUUACUGGACUCAUGUCAUUCUCAAAACGACUGAUGUAAAUUUGCAACGAAGCGCAUACCGAGCACACGCUUCCUCUGGUUCACUCAACGAUACCGAACGGACGUCCAUCUGGGGAACGCAGAGGAAAAAAACGCGCGGAGGUUCCACUCGCGGCAUCACGCGCUAUCUGUAUAUUAAAGUCACGAGUUUAUAUAGUUAUGAACUUAAAGAACUUAAUCAGUAAAACUAUGAGCUAAAAAUACCGUUAAACGUUACGAGUAUUAUCAGGUAAUUCGCUUGCUGUGUGAUCAUGAUGCGUCCACUCGCGUGCAUCGUUAGACACUUUUAUCAAACACACCGACGACAUCACGUCCGUUCCACUUUUAUCUGGCGACACGCUUUUGCAAAUAAAAAAAACGCGCGAUUCGCAAGUGUCCACCCCCCCCCCCCCGCACUCCGUUGCGGUCUCGUCCAUGUACUAUGAUCUCCACACGCACAAAUUCUAACGGUUUUCAGGUACCUGACCGACACGUACGAAGAAACGUAGGUACCUUCGCGAGUCUUACGAUUGCUACAUAUGCGCAUUUAAAUCGAUACGAGUGUACAAGGUGAAGAAACAUUCGGUAUAUAACGGAGAGAAAAACUCGAGAUAUCGGCCAGUUGUUUUUAGGUGCGCUUUCUGCAUUCAAACGAGGCAAAUUAUAUGCUAUUCCUUUAGAAAGAAAUUAAAGAGAGAAAAAAGGUAUUAAGAGCAUAAUUAAAAAGAGCAGACCCAUUGU